AUGAAGGAGAUGAUGGUGGGGUCGGUGGCGCCGGUCGGCCCGGUCGGGAGGUGGGGGGCGGCGCCGCCGCAGGAGCUGCUGGAGCGGAUGAAGGACUACGGCCAGGAGGGCGCCUUCGCGCUCUGGGACGAGCUCUCGCCCGAGGACCGCGACCUCCUCGUCCGGGACAUCGAGAGUCUAGAUCUUUCGAGGAUUGACCGGAUCAUUCGACGCUCUAUGGGAUCACAAGGAGGCUAUCUGGCGCCCGCCGAGCCCGUGCCGGAAUCCAGCGUGUCGAGGGUGGAGGAGAGGUCUCCAGAGGACAAAGAACGGUGGUGGAAGAAGGGGCUGAGAGCCAUCUCCGAGGGGAAGCUGGCCGUUGUCCUUUUAGCUGGUGGCCAGGGGACUCGGCUUGGAAGCUCAGAUCCUAAGGGGUGUUUCAGUAUUGGACUUCCAUCUGGAAAAUCACUUUUCCAACUCCAAGCGGAACGCAUUUUGUGUAUUCAAAAGUUGGCUGCUCAGUCCAGUGAUAGUCCAAGAAAUACUUUACCAAUCCACUGGUACAUAAUGACCAGCCCCUUCAACGAUGAUGUCACACGCAAAUUCUUUGAAAGCCGUAAAUAUUUUGGCUUAGAGGCUGACCAGGUGACCUUUUUCCAACAAGGCACCCUUCCAUGUGUUUCUGACGAUGGCAGAUUUAUUAUGGAGACUCCAUACAAGGUAGCCAAGGCACCUGAUGGAAAUGGAGGAGUUUAUGCCGCUCUGAAGUCUAAGAAGUUGCUUGACGACAUGUCUUCACGGGGUGUAAAGUAUGUAGAUUGCUACGGAGUUGAUAACGUAUUGGUUCGUGUUGCAGAUCCAACGUUCCUAGGGUACUUUAUAGAAAAGGGUGUAUCUUCUGCUGCGAAGGUUGUUAGGAAGGCUUAUCCACAAGAGAAUGUUGGAGUAUUUGUUCAAAGAGGUUGUGGUGGACCUCUUUCCGUGGUCGAGUAUAGUGAAAUGGAUGCGGCUAUGACUACUGAAAUUAAUCAAUCAACAGGGCGCCUUCGUUAUUGUUGGAGCAAUGUAUGCUUGCAUAUGUUCAGUUUGGAAUUUCUGAAUCAAGUGGCAAACAGCCUUGAAAAGGACAGCGUGUAUCAUCUUGCACAGAAGAAGAUACCUUCGAUUCAUGGGUAUACAAUGGGCCUGAAGCUUGAGCAGUUCAUAUUCGAUGCAUUCAAUUACUCCCCGUCCAUGACACUUUUUGAGGUGCUACGCGAAGAGGAAUUUGCUCCAGUGAAGAAUGCGAAUGGCUCAGCCUACGACACCCCCGAUAGCGCCAAACUGAUGCUGCUCCGACUCCACAGCAGAUGGGUAGUCGCUGCUGGCGGCUUCCUGACCCAUUCUGUGCCCUUGUACAUGACAGGCGUCGAGGUUUCUCCGCUCAGCUCCUACGCCGGAGAAAACCUGGAGGCGAUCUGCCGCGGACGGACAUUCCACGCGCCCAGUGAGAUCUCGUUCUAG